CAGAUGGUUCCUGUGCUGGACAAUAUGACCCCAGCUCCUCUGACACAGAACUGCUCCAACUGCAGCCAGGUUUUAGUCCCAGAGCUCAACGUGGUCAAGGCUGUGGUUUUGGGCUUGGUGCUUGGUGUCUUCAUUCUGUUUGGAGUUGUGGGAAACAUCCUCGUAAUCCUCUCAGUAGUUUGUCAUCGACACCUGCGGACAGUCACACAUUAUUUUAUAGUUAAUCUUGCAGUGGCAGAUUUGCUGCUGAGCUCCACUGUACUACCUUUCUCUGCCAUUUUUGAGAUCCUGGAUCGUUGGGUGUUUGGACGGGCCUUUUGUAAUGUUUGGGCAGCUGUGGACGUGCUCUGCUGCACUGCCUCCAUCAUGAGCCUCUGUGUUAUCUCUGUGGACCGCUACAUUGGAGUUAGUUACCCUCUGCGUUACCCAGCUAUAAUGACAAAACGCAGGGCUCUGCUGGCAGUGAUGCUGCUGUGGAUGCUGUCUAUCAUUAUAUCUAUCGGACCUUUGUUUGGCUGGAAAGAGCCAGCUCCGGAGGACGAGUCCAUCUGUAAGAUCACAGAGGAGCCAGGUUAUGCUAUCUUCUCUGCUGUGGGCUCCUUCUACCUCCCUCUGGCCAUCAUACUGGCUAUGUACUGUCGGGUUUAUGUGGUAGCUCACAGAGAGAGCCAGGGCCUGAAGGAGGGCCACAAGACAGAGAAGUCCGAUUCAGAGCAGGUGAUACUCAGGAUACACAGAGGCAACACAACUGUAUCAGAGGACGAGGCCCUUCGCAGCCGCACACAUUUCGCCCUGCGACUGCUCAAGUUCUCACGUGAGAAGAAAGCUGCCAAGACCUUGGGCAUUGUGGUUGGCUGCUUUGUGUUGUGCUGGCUGCCUUUUUUCCUGGUGCUACCCAUCGGCUCGAUGUUCCCUGCAUACAGACCUUCUGACACUGUGUUCAAGAUCACCUUCUGGCUCGGUUACUUCAACAGCUGCAUCAACCCCAUCAUCUACCCGUGCUCCAACCAGGAGUUUAAGAAAGCUUUCCAGAGUUUACUUGGAGUUUGCUGUUUUAGAAUGACACCCAGAACGCACCGUCAUCAUCUGAGUUCAGGUCAGAGUCAAACACAAGGUCACAGCCAGCCACUCACACUGGGCCUGGACAGCAGGGGGGCUCCCUGUCGGCUCAGUCCCUCCUCCUCUAUGGCCUUGUCCAGGACCCCUUCCUCGAGGGACAGCACGGAGUGGAGGGUCUGUUCGGGAGGCCCCACAAGUGGAUCUGGACCGCCCAAGACAAACAGAACUAAAGUAGCCAAACUCUGCAGUAAAGGCUUCCACCAAACCUGCUGCUGCAUCCUCAGUAGUGGGACUCCCUCGCAGGAGACAAACUGCGCCCAACCCCCUCCUGGCGGAAACCUUCCCACCAUUAAAAUCCACCAACUGUCCCUGUCGGAAAAAGGAGAGCCUGUAUAA